UCCACUUCCAAAGGGACCGUCAUUGCUGCUGACCACCAUUGUUCCGUGACUUGGACAGCAGAAGCAGAGUAGAAAUCCCAGAGUCAGCCCCAACCAGGGUGGGGAGGCCUUGAACCAUGAAGAAGCAGAGUUCAGCAGAACUUGGUCAGGUGGCGGCAGGACGCCAGGAGAGCUGGUGGGGAAAGCUGGGCAGAGGAAGCCCCGUCCCAGGCCCACCAGAGAAGACAAGACGAGAAGAUCCCAGCAAUAAGAAAUCAAAAUAUCUGAAAAGGAACAAGUUCUGUUUAAUGAUGAAUGACCAAGUCAGAAACAGUCUAGCUUGCUGAACCGACCUCUGUUGCAGUCGCUCGUGGGAAUCCUCCCUCCGUCCUUCAGGCGAUGAUGAUGAUGAUGCAGUAGCGAAAAGGCCCAGCAAAGGGGAAAGGAUGAGAAGGGGAGGCUGGCUGUGGACCAUGGGGCUUGCCAUGGUCGUGGCAGCCACCAGCAUUGAGAGUUUCUCCAGCCCCAGGUGUGGUGGAUGCUCCAUGAAGAUGAGAAGCCACACCGUGUCCUACCUCGCCUCCCUUGUCCAGCCGGUCCACCAGCCCUACCUCACCCUGUGUCCGGGAAACAGGCUCUGCAGUACAUACAGAACUACCUAUAAAGUCGGCCAUCGUCAGGUUUAUCGGAAGAUUUCCCAGCCGGAAUACGUUUGCGGUCCUGAAUGGAAGCGGAGAAGUGCUUUCUCUCAGCUCGGAUGUCCCCCAGCUGCUAUUUGCCGCCCACCGUGCCAGCCCAGCCGGAAAUGUUCGCUCCCAAACGACUGCGCCUGCCCUGGAUGGACCGGGAGGUGUUGCCAGACAGACGUAGACGAGUGUGCAAUGGGGAAACAUGGCUGCCGCCAGCUUUGCGUCAACACGGCCGGAAGUUACCGCUGCGCUUGCCAUCCAGGGUACGAGCUCCAGGCGGAUGGACAAACUUGCCGGGCUCUGAAAGUGCCCCCGACCCCAGCUCCCCCAGCAGGAAGUGACAGCCUUCCCGUUCCAGACGAAGUGAGGGAGCUGAGAAGCAGGUUGGCGGCUUUGGAAGAAAAGUUCCAGCUCGUUUUGGCACCGUUUCUCAAGCUGGACCUGCCUGGUGCCGGAGACGGCCACGGGGCAGAACCCAUCAGCCUGUUGGUCCACGUGAUCCAGCAACUGGACCGAAUAGAUUCGCUCAGCGAGCAGAUCUCUUUCCUGGAGGAGCGCCUGGAAACCUGUUCCUGCAAGAACCGGCUCUGAGGCUGAAGAAGGAUGGAGGUCCUUGGUGCUCCCCACAUCUCACUGUUUUUCUGGUGUGUCUCUCCGUUGAGUAGCAACUGAGCCUUGUUCCAGCAACCAAGCCAAGCCAAGGCAGCGGAGAGGAUUAGGAGGCUGAAAAUAUCACGUUCUCAGCGAGCUCCCCCCCCUUUUCCCUCCAGCUGGCUGGCUCCCAGGAUGGGUCACCUCUCCAAACCCUGCUGGCCAGAGGUUGUGGGAGGGAGGGAGGGAGGGAGACUGGCAGCCUCCUUAGCAAAACAUCCCUUGAAACAGGAAGCGUCUUGCUUGCUGAGUGGACAGAUUUGGGUAAGGUGGGCAGGUCUCGCCUCCCCCCCCAUGAGGUACAAGAGCAGCAGUUUGGCAAAGGGGCCCCUUUGGCAAAUCUCAGAAGCUGCUCUUUUCCAGGCUGUCACCCAAAAUAUCUUGGCAAGGCUGGGUUAUUUCGGUGGGGAGGGUGGUGCUAAAACAGCCCCCCCCUUGUGUAAAUGCACCAUUAGUGUCCUGCUGGCUUCACUUUCCAAUUGUAAAAAAAAAAAACUCCCACUGUGUUUCCCAUGUCCUCCCUUUUUAAGAAAGAAAUAGAACAGAAUUAUAGGGCCAGAAGGGACCUUGGAGGUCUUCUAGUCCAGCCUUCUGCUCAAGCAGGAGUCUCUAUAGCAUUCCAGACAAAUGGCUGUCCAAUCUCUUCUUGAAAACCUUCAGGGAUGAAGCAACAACUUAUUGUGGCAAGCCGUUCCACCGGUUAAUUGUCCUCACUGUCAGGAGGAUUCUCCUUUUUUUUUUUAUUUGAUUUAUAUGCCGCCCUUCUCUGGAGACCCAGGGCAGCUUACAGUGCGUUAAGCAAUAGCCUUCAUACUUUUGUAUAUUUUAUACAAAGUCAGCUUAUUGCCCCCACAAACUGGGUCCUCAUUUCACCUACCUUAGAAAGGAUGGAAGGCUGAGUCAACCUUGAGCCUGGCGAGAUUCGAACUUACAGUAAUUGCAGACAGCUGGAGUUAAAUUACAAUGCAUUAGUCUGCUGAGCUAUCCAGGCUCCUUUCUAGGUUGGAUCUCUUUAAACCAGCUUCCACCCAGUUCUUCUUAGCCUGCCCUCUGGUGCCUUCAGAGCAGUGCCCCCCCUCAACCUUUUGGGCACCAGGGGCUGGUUCUGUGGAGAGACGUUUUUCCAGGGACCGGAAGGUUGUGGUUUCGUGGGUUGCCUGCAUCCCACGGAUGGGGGCUUUGCUCGUUUGCGUGGCCCGGUUUCUGGCGUGCCACGGAUCAGUGCCGGACCUUGGACCUGGGGUUGGGGAUCCCUGCCUUAGAGAGUAAAUCAACCCGUGGUGUAUUCAGCUGGUUCGAACUGGUAGUGGCGACCUGUGGGUGGGGUGGGCCCGGCUCCCCGUCCUCCCGCCCCGGCACUAUACCAUCCUAUUUAGCCACGUUUUCUAAGCCGUGCGCCAGGGGUGGGUUCUACUUACCUUUACUACCGGUUCGCAAUGGGGCCGCGCGUGCGUGUGCUCUUCUGUGUAUGCGCAGAAGCGUUCUGAUGACGUCGGGGUCAGUGGGCGGAGCUUCCCGCCGGUUUUACUACCGGUUCUAUAGAACCGGUGGGAACCAGGGGCAACCCACCACUGCCGUGCGCAUGUGUGCAAGCCAUGCGUGUGAGCAAAGCACAUGCACGGAAGGCUGCACCCAGGUCCGGCAGGUGUGUGCACACUCACAUUUUCGGUGCGUGGCGAACCAGUGGUAAAAUUAUAUGAAACCCACCUCUGAAAUCAACCCCCCCUUCUCUGGGACAGCCCCUCAAGUACUGGAAGACCGCAAUCGUGUCACCUUUAAGCCGCCUCUUCCAUAGGCUUAGACACACCGAGCUCCCUCAGCUGUCCGGCUUAUGAUUUAGUCUCCAGAACCCGAAUUGUCUCCGUUGCUCUUCGCUGCACUGUUUCUAGGGCAGUGAUGGUGAAUCUUUUCGGCACCGAGUGCCCAAAUCGGAACAUGUGUAUGUGUCAUGCCAGAGCACCGGAAACCCAAAGACCAGCUGCCAGCCUGCGCAUACCUGUUUUUUGGCUGUUUUUCUGGCCUUUUUCUGGAUGUUUUCAGGCCGUUUUCAGGCCAUUUUUGGGCUGUUUUCCUAGCUGUUUUCAAGCCGUUUUCCAGGCCGUUUUCCAGCUGGUUUUUGCCCUUUUUCAGUCCAUUUUUCAGAAACCAGAAGAGCAGCUGGCGACAGUGCGCACGCCCACAUAGAGGGCUCUGCGUGCCACCUCUGGCAUGUUUGCCAUACGUUCGCCAUCACAGUUCUAGAGUCUCAGAUUCUUUUUUGGCGUCAUGGUGACCAGAACUGGGUGCGGUAUUCCAAGCGUGGCCUCACUAAUUCAGUGUAAAGUGGUACUCUCACGUUCCGUGAUCUUGAAUCUUGUCCCUCUGUUGAAUGCAGACGAGGUCUGCGUUGGCUUUUCUGGCUGUUGCAGCAGACUCCUAGCUCCACUUUAAGGGUUGGUAUACUAAGACCUCUCUAAAUCCCUCACACCGUUACUGCUAUUGAGCCAGGAACUGCUUAUUCUAUACCUACCUGUCCAUUUGGUUUUUCCUACCUAGGUACAGAACCUGAUUUCUCUCGCUGCGGAAUCGCAUCUUAUUGAAUAGGGCUUGUCGAGAUUGUGCUAAAUCUUGAAGCUCUCUUCCGAAGUGUUGGCGUUUCCUGUCAGCUUGGUGGGAAUUUAUACUUUUUCUCCCGUGUCCUUUAUAAACACAGUCCUGAUUCUAGUAAAGCAGUCAGAACUCACUAGCGGGAACGUCCUCUUCUAAAAUAGCUACUACAGGUAAUCGGCCUCAACAGCCUUAAAGGAACCCAGACUCUGUCCAUGUUCCGCCUCAAGCAUUUUCAAAAUCUUUUCUUUGUGUCAUUAAUCCAACCCCUGUUGAAUUUGCCCCUCAAAUACUGGAACUGGCUGCAAUGAGUUGGCCAUGGCAAGUUGUCCCACAGUGUUGUGGGCCCAGGUCCACGUAGUUAAUAUUAAAUGCAAAACAGUUCCAAAAAACAAACAGAUUUUAUUAAAACAGCUGAGAAUUAACUCAUUCUCAGCUUAUUCCAAAUUAAAUGAAAGCAAAGUUCUCAAAACACCUUCAGUUUAUCUCUGACUUUGGGAUAAUUAGGCAAACUGCCAACGGCUUUUCUUGGCAACAGUUCAGGAACAGAAGACUCUGACAAGAAAGAAAUACAUCUAAACACAAAGCAAAUUUCUCAACAGUUGUUUUCCAGCAAAGAGGCCAAGAGCCGUUACUGGUCUUUUAAGCUUUAUGGGAGGGGCCAAUCAUCUCUUGGACCUACUCCCGAGUUGUCCUCUCUGCUUUAGCUGCUCCUGCCUUCUGGCAGCUCUUCUCAUGCAUGCAUUAGGAACAGGCUCCUCCUGUUCCUCUGCCUCUCUACUCUCAGCCUCUGGAGGCUCCGAAGUCCGCGCAUCACUCCCCAAUGGCCCUGGCCCCAUCUCUGCCUCCGACGCAGAGCCCUCAUCCGGGCCUUCCCCAGCCUCCAGGACUGGCCCAUGUUCUUCCUCAGCCUCAUCGCUGUCCGACUCCGCUGCCAGCUCCUCAGGCUGUUGGCGGACCACAACACACAACGAAUUGGCUGUGGCAAGUUGUCCCAUUCCCCUCAUGGUACUUCAGUGCUGCAGAGCUGCUUUCACUAGUUAGACAGCCUAGCCAGGUACUUUUGUGUCAGGAGUCCAAGGCUGCAUCGCAUGGACCAGGUACUAGCACCUAAAGCAGGAACUUGGGCCGUUAGUGCAUCAAAUUGCCUUGGCCUUUGCCGAGGUACCAGAGGCAGCGAAGAAAGCAAAGGGGACAAUCCUGAGUCGUCCUUUUUUUUUUUUUUUACAACAGUGGAAAUGUUUUUGCUUUUCUUUUUUCUUGUUUGGAGCGUGUAUGUUUCCGGCCACGUGCUGACCUCCAUGGUGCUUCCCAGCACAUUUUGAGCGUUAUCGUCUGACGGUGAGGGUCAUUGCAAUAUUGUGCAUUAAAGAGCACAAUGGGGCAAUGGUGACAGGGAUUUGUGAAUGAGCUAGAGCAGGAGUGUCAAACUCAAGGUCUACGGGCCAGAUCCGGCUUGUGGGGUACUUAAAUCUGGCCCGUGGAGCUGGCCUGGAAAUAUCAAAAGGACCGGCGUGUGGUGCCUCUGCCGGCUAAAACAGGCCAUGGUAGGGCCAUGGACAGCUCCUCUGCAACCCAUUUUCAGCCUCCUUGGCCUCCUGCAGCACUCUGCCGGCUGAAAAUGGGCCGUGCGGAGGCCCCAGGCCCGUUUUUGGCCGGCAAAGUGCUGCAGGAGGCCGGGGAGGCCCACCAUGGCCACGCCCAGCCCCAUCACACACACACCCAGUCCUCCGAGGUCAAACACAACCCUGAUGUGGCCCCCAGUGAAAUCGAGUUUGACGCCCCUGAGCUAGAGCCACUUUGUAUGCGGAAAAGCUAUUGUAACCUGCGUGUAACCUCUUGAAGGAAAUGAAUGGCUCUUCCCAACGGUUGACCUCCCCGUUUCUCAUAUCUCAAGUCAAAACACGAUUGUGACCGAGGUUGGAUGGAAGCAAAAGGAAGCAAUUAGGAAUGGUGGGAACGAGGCCGAGCAGCUGAUAAGGAAGGAAACAACUAGAAUAAAAGAAUGUUCGGGGUUUUGCUGAAGUCUGCAAAAGUUUGAAUUGUUAUCGUAGAAAUAGCACUGGGGUGUUCCUGGUUCCUAAUAAAUCUGUUCUUGGCUAAAAUACCUAAAGAAGUGGGACUUUUAAUCUCAUUAAAAUGUGGAAAAUUUAAAA